AUGCUAUCAGUUGACAUUGCUAACUACAACUGGAAUGGCACAAGUCCUUUUUCCUGUCACAGAAGCCGUCGUUUAGGAGGUAGUACGGUAAAACUUCUCAAUUUGAGUAAUACUCUACCAAAUUUCUAUGUACAGAAAGACAGUGGCCUUAAUACACGUUCCCCUGUGCAUGAGCUAACUGUAAGCGUUUUUCUUACAGUGAAAACAACAAAAGGCAAGCCCGCGCCGCCAAACCACAUACGAGCGACUCAGUUUACCAAGCGCGCGUCUGGCCGGAUUCUCCCAUUCCGUUUCGGCUUACGGGGGAUUUUUAGAAGUAUUAUGUGCUGCGGCCCCCUUGCGACGCAUGGGUUGCAAUGGCGCGCUGGGGGCUGCCGGUGCAAAAUCAAAAAAAAGCCGUUUCCCAAAACGGCGUUUCCGCGACACAUCCGGGACGGGGCAACCGCCCCUCUUCCAAACAUGGUGGCGGAACGUCCUGCACCGCACCCCGAACCCGCGCUGCACCACGAACCCGCAGCAUCAACCCGAUGCUUCCGCCCCGGCCUAUGGGGCGCCACCGGCCCCCCCGGCCGUCUUCUCACAAGGGCCAACGCGCUGCGUCCCCAGAACCCCCCCCCAACAAUCCCAGGGGGGCGCCCGAAAAAGGGCGGGCGCGGCCCGGAGCGAGUGGGUUGUUCAGGGUGGUGCCUGGCGUGGGUCGGGCGGCGCGGGUGCACAGUUGUUGUUGUGGGGCGUGUUUUGGGGGGGGGGUGGUGUUGGCUUGUGUCUUCGGAGUGUCUUGCGCAGUUUGUUUUUGCCCUAUCAUUGCCCUUUCAAAGGCCAGGAAAGCAAAAUAAACUGGCACUUCAUUUUUUGUCCGGCAGUUCCUUUGGUUUCUACUAG